AAGUUAAUUCGAGCUGGUCUACCUUUGGCAGUCUCAAGUUUACGCGAUAAGCUCCUGGCUGACCCUCUAAUAAAAACCGACAGAAGAUGAGGAGGUCCAAAUCUGGCGGAGACGAGGAGAGCCCCCGGCAGAACGGCUUUUCUGGUCGGAGGAGAGCUGAGCUUGGUGAUGGGGAGGACUCGGGUGUCCACUCCGGCCCGGCCGGGCUGCAGGACGAGGACGACGACAACGACCAGGGCCUCAGGAGAGAAAUACGGAGCAAAUACAGAGACCUCAUCAACUCCGUACAACAGAACAGAGAAGACAUGCUGAGUCCAUCAAACAACAGACUCACAGAAGUCCUAGAAGAGGCAAACAAGCUUUUUAAAGAUGUUCGGCAGGCGAGAGAAGCCGCUCUUGAUGCUCAGCUCCUUGUCGUGGCCACAGACUUGGGAAAGGAGAAAGCCAGCCAGCUGUUUGCUGAGGGCAGCGCCUUUGAUCCUACGGCUUUCGCAGAGCAUCUGUUGUCCUUCAUGGGUCUCAACCGACUGGAGGACGAGGAGGACGAUCAGCAAAAUGAAGCUCUGGGUGAUGGCUACCUGCCUAAAGAUGCCUGGCACAGACUGGCAAAGAGCACAGAGUGCUGUUUCAGGACGGCGCCCACUUUCCACUACAUGAUGGGAUCCUUCCACGCAGAACCUCCUCCUCCUAAGCAGAGAGUAGAAAGACAAAGAAGAGUUCCCAGCAAGGAGGCCCAAAGAAUAAUGCCCACACAGCUGAAGAAAAUGGAAGAAUCUCAUCAAGAGGCAACGGAGAAAGAAGUUGAACGAAUCCUUGGUUUUCUGAAGAGUUAUCACCAAGAUGAUCCAUCAGCACCCGUAUCGUACUACGAGUUUGUCGUCGACCCCAACUCAUUUUCUCGGACAGUGGAGAACAUUUUCCACUUUUCUUUUCUGAUCAGGGAUGGUUUGGCCCGGAUGUAUCUGGAUGAAGAUAAGCUGCCUUGUAUAGCGCCGGUAGAGGAGGGGCAGGUGGAAGCUGCAGGUUCUUCCACCCGCAAGCAGUGCAUCAUUUCUCUGAGUCCAAAGAUAUGGAAGGACAUUGUCGAUGUUUUUGAGAUCAGAGAGCCCAUGAUUCCACCUCCAGAGACGCAGAACGAGUGACGGACCGCCCUGUCUUUUCUACAAAACGUUAUA